AUGGGCUUCAAAGCUGUCAUAUUUGAUGCUUCUGGUGUCACACUGAGUUUUGAAAAAAUUCCAUAUGUCGUUGAUCUGUUUAAAGAACUGAAGAAAAAUCCUGAUGACUGGAAACAAUUCGAAGAUCUUGAGCUGGGAAUUGGGCAUACCAAAAAUUCAAAUCAUGUGUUCGAAAAAACUUUUGCCGCAAAUCCACACUUUAAGCAGAAGACUCUUGAAGUCAUGAAAAACGAAUCCUACUUCUCUCUGUUUGACAACAUGGUUGAGGAUAAGUACAUUGCCGCAGUACUACCAAAGUUAAAAAAUGCCGGAUUGAAAACUUGUAUGUUAACGAACAAUAUGUUUCGAGAUGAAACGAGAACGGAGGUUUAUGUCCCAGAGACUGUACUUCAAAAAUUUGACGCCGUUGUUGUUUCUUGUCGCGAUCGCUGUAGAAAGCCAAAUAAGGACUGUUUUGAAUUAGCCUGUAAAAGAUUAGGAGUAGAAUUAAAUGAAUGUAUUUUCAUCGACGACUUUCCAGAGAACUGUGAAGGUGCACGAAAAUUUGGGAUCACUGCAAUUCAGGUUCAUGGUACCGAUACUUUGGGAGCAGUGAAGGAGUUGGAGAAGCUUCUGGGUCUCAAGUUGUUAUGA